CAUACAGGACAACACUCACCAUCGAGUGAUUGGUGGGACAAUCGUUCUCAUGCACUGCAACAUUUUUCCGUUAACCCUAACGCCGGCGUGAUUUCCAACUAAGACGCCUUGUACUUACCUACCAUUCAAUUCAAACAUCUUUUGUGCAUUCGAACCCGCGAUCUACCAGUCCACCAUCCAAUUUAUCGUCAAUACCUAAAAAACCAUAUCCCUAUCCCUCAUCAUCCGCAUCCUUUAAUGUGCUGUGCUGGGGUUUUCAUUGCUCUCGACCUUUUCGUAAUUUGCUGCCGGGAAAAUUAUCCACUUCUUGAUAAUCCCGUGGCUGUAAGUUAUCUCUGCUCUUGGUCGAGUUCAUAAUUUCUGGGGCGUUGGCGAAUAAUAUGUUACAUAUAUUGGUUGAUUAGUUUUGAUCAGAAAUCACUUUCAGCGAAAUGUCUCAGUUUUCGCCCGUUGAUGGGUUUAGCCAAGUGCAUGAAAGUUUGACUGAGACGAUCACACUUGUGGCAAAUGAACCAUCGCUGGGUCUCUUCUUUGUGCAACACCACGCUCACAAUGCAGCACCCAUAUUGGCUUCUGUUAAGAACAAACUUGUUGAUGCUUCUCAGGAAGCAUUCUUGUGCACUGAGGACAUGACAGAUGCUCUCAAUUCAGUCAAAUCAUUUAAAAGAUGUGGGCCUAACAUUAUAGAUAGAAUGAUCAAGAACCUCGAGUCCUCAGUUUCAGUAAUGUCAUCCUUGCAUCAGCUUAGACGAAAUGGAGGAAGACUAGAUCAAUCAAACAUUUCUCGCAAAAGCAACACCAUACGAGCUGUGUGGGAUUCUGCUUUGCAGAAGUCAGGGAGUUCAUAUUGGAGCUCGCACUCUUCAAGCAUGUAUCAAGUACGUGUUCACAACAAAGAAAGUAGUUCCUCUACCCAAGAAAGGUACGAAGAGCCAAUAGCAAAUUCUCCAGGAACAAACCUCUUUGAUUCCCAGAGUUUUUUGUUGCCCUUAAAAUCUGCUCUGCAACGGGCAGGAAAUUUUGGGUGGCGUAGAUCCACUGUUGACAAUAGAUUUAAUAUGAAUAUUAGAACAUUACCAAGAAGCUAUUCUGCUGAAGAUAUGAAGAUUAUUGCCGGUAAGGGGCCAGAAAAUUAUGAAUAUGUAACCAAUAACCCUGUUAUUAUCAGUUCUGAGGCUGUUGGGGAAGGAAGUACAGUAUUGUCUGGAGAAGAUGUAGCAAAUAGUAAAGAAAUGGAUCAAGAUGAUCAACUUCCAGUGUCCAGCCAAACUCUAUUUGAAUCUGAUGAUGAUGGCAACACACAAAUUCCCUAGUUGGCACAGGCUGACAGGGUCCACAAGCAGAUAAUUAUGCUUUAAAUCUGAGGAGAAACUAUAAGAAAUUUCCGUCAGGUUCCUAAUUUGGAAGCAAUGUCUAAUGUUCAGUGUAGUGCUUCCAGUGCCAGCGGAUGUGAUUUAAGACCAGUUGUUUAGUUCAACUUCAGCAUACACACAGAUGGAUCUUAGCUUGAUCAUUAAGAAAGCCUCGAGUAUUAUUAACUGAAGAUAAAUGUGUUUUCUAAGCGUCAAGUCUUCUUUGGUAUUGACAGGUUGUAUUUUCCUUUUGAAAUCAAUCAGGCCAUUUGAUUUACAUGCACACAGCUAACAUCUACUAAUUCUUCAGUGGCAGGACAAAUUGACGCUUACAAGCUUUCUCUUUUAUCUAUAAACUGAUGACAUAUACCACAUAAAGACCAUACUAAUUUUAUCCUGCAACAUCAACUGAGGAGUGAUGUUUAGUUUGGUAAAAUUUAUCCUAUAUUUUGAUUGUCUCAUGAUUUAUUACAUCAUAUUCCUUUCUGUACAGUAUUUGAUAUAUGUAUAUUUAAGCUUUUUUAUAAUCAAUAAUACUUCAUCAAUAUUUCUGUUGCUUUCCUAGCAGCUAUGUAUCCAAUUUAAUCUACAAAAUGUGUACAAGGGAUAUUUAUGAAUGUGCUAGCGUCAAUGGGGUAUGAACUAUCAAUAUUGAUUAAUAAUCCUGCUAUUAUUAUUUCAAUUAUUUGUCUACCAAGAAUGGAAGUCAUGGUUACCUAUUUCUAUCCUAUCGUCAAUUUCAUGGUUCACAAGCAGAGGUUGACCGAAAGAAUUAUAUUUUGUCUUAUCCUUGUUCAAAAUUAAUGUAUCAAACGUGAGCAUCUUUAACUAGCUUUUAUUGGAGGCAUUCUGUGAAUUGGAAAUGAAUGGAAGGGAGAUCCAUUCUUCA